CGUCACAACACUCUUCAUCCGCAACCACCUCCUUGAGAGGCUUAAUGUCAGAAUAUGACUUUCGCCCUGGUGGCUCCCUUAAACUAAAGGGGGGAGUCGUUGACGGCGGGAUAGUGAAGAAGAAGAAGAAAUCGAAGUCUAAAUCUAUAGAGAAGGACGUCGAUGCCGAGGCACAACGGCUGAAGGAGCUGGAGGCUAUUAUGAGGGAGGAAGAGGCGAAGGCAGUAUCAUCAUCCGGUAGUAGUCGAGCAUCUCCGGCGGCGACCAGCAGUAGUGAUAAGAAAACUGCGGCUGAGAGGCGAUUUGAGGAGACACAGAGGAAGCGGCUGGCUGCGAAAGUUGCCAAACUUGCUACUAAGACGCACAAAGACAGGGUGAAUGAGUUUAAUACGAAGCUUGAGCUACUCAGCGAGCACCAUGAUAUUCCGAAGGUUGGGCCUGGAUAAUGCCACAGAUGGUGCUCCUUGUUACUCCAUUUGCUAUCUCGUUGUAUUUCGUAUCUACUGGCAAUACCAUGUUGUUCGCCUCAUUCCUGUGGUGCGGAAUUGGGUCGAAGCCCCUCCC